AUGGCCCCGAAAUAUACCAUGUCCGACUCCGAGGAAGACAAUGUUGUGCCAACAGCUCCUUCCGAUCAGAAUAUUGAAAAGGGUCUUCGUGACGGCGUUGCAGCUGUAUACAAGUCUGGCAACAUGGAGGAAUUGACGGUGAAGCGCGUGCGCCUCGCAGUUGAGAAGAAGCUAGGACUUACAGAGGGAUACUUCAAAUCUACGGGUCAAUGGAAAGCACGAAGUGAAGAGGUCAUUCGGGACGAAGUGGAAAGACAAGACCACGCUGGGAAUAACGCCGGACCACAAUCUGCCGAAGCUUCACCAUCUCCUUCUCCAAAGCCACAAAAAGCAUCACUUCCCAAGCGAGCCAAGGCCGACAGUAUGUCUAAGCCCAGGAAGCGCCAGAAGACAAAGACACCAGAUUCAGAGGAGGAAAAUGAACAGGACGGCGACUCCACUGCAUCUGACAACAGUGAGGAGGUUACAAAGCCCAAGAAGCGAACCAAAGCACCAGUUAAGAAGUCAGCUGCAUCUAAGCCCAAGAAGGUCGCGCCUGAAGUCUCAGAUGUGGCUGAAAAUGAAUCCGACGCUUCUCAGCCGCCCGCAGCGGUGAAGGAUGAUUCCGAAAGCGAAAUGUCGGUAGUUUUUGAUGAAGAACCUCAAACCAAGCCGGCGCGCAAACGGAAGAGCGCAGAUGGAGCUGUUACCAAAGCGAAGAAAGCGUCAAAAGCAAAAGAUGCGGAUCUCGACCCAGACCAGGCUGAGAUCAAGCGGCUUCAGGGAUGGCUUGUCAAGUGCGGCAUCCGCAAAUUGUGGGGGAAAGAGCUGGCUCCAUAUGAUACGUCGAAGGCGAAGAUCAGACAUCUCAGGGAGAUGCUGGACGAUGCUGGGAUGAAGGGCCGACCAUCUCAGGAGAAAGCCAACCAGAUUCGCGAAGAGCGGGAAUUGAAAGCGGACUUGGAGCAGAUCACACAGGGUGCGAAACAAUGGGGUGCAAAAGCCAAUGAAGAGGAAGGUGAUGGCGAUGCGAAGCCUCGGCGCAGGGCCGCUCGUGAAUCGCAGGCGCUUGCGUUCUUGGAGAGCGAUGACGAGGAGUCCGAUUGA